CACGAUCGCAUAAGACGGCGGAUUUAAUAUAAGCCAAAGACUCUUUUCGUUGUUUACAUUCAAGGACUCAUAAACCAAGCGGAUUCAUCCUUGAUCGCUUGUUUUGUUUUCGUUCUGUUGGAAAAUGACAGGUGGAAACAAAAAACCCCAUGUUAUAGGUGCAUCUGAAACCAAGAAGAACAGACCCAAAGUGUUAAAAUCCCCAGAUCAUUCUUCUCACAGUCAUAGUCAUGGGGUUUCAACACUGAGUGCUUCAAAAACGCAACACAAUGGAAGCCUUUACACUGGUUUUGGUGUUGUCGCCAUAGGUAUUGUUUCUUGGUUUGUCUACCAAGGUUAUCUGGAAACACGGGUAAAUAGUCCAUUGACGGAAAACAAGGUGGCUUUCCCCUCUAGUCAUGAUUUUCCUGAAAGAUAUUGGGGUAGUUUUAGACCAGGAGUCUACUUUGGAAUGAAAUCUAGAGAUGCUCAAUCCUUAUUAGCUGGUCUUAUGUGGUUUAUGCCUGAUUUAGCUGCAGCUGGUAAUUUAAAUUUGAGACAUCUUUGUGACCAGGGAGACAACCUGGAGCAAUAUGGCUGGAAAGAGCAUGAUGGAAGAAACUUUGGUGUCCAAGUAAUUAUCGAUAAAUUUAUUCAGUUGGAAACAUCUUUUGUAACCAAACUUGGUGGUAAUCAUGGAGGAGACUGGACUGCUAGAAUACAAGUUGAACCAAGGAUGAAAGAACUGAGGGGGCAACAGGUGACACUGUUUUUUUAUCUAACUUUGGAUGACAACGGAAAAGGAAUACUUCAACCUAUUAGAAUGAUAGAUAACAUAGACACAUCAGGAAUGGAAGCCAAUGAAUCAGUCAAAUUUCUUGGUCUUUCUGCUGUGCAUGGGCAUACUGAAAAGCUCGGAGACUUUCGAGUAAGUUUUCACCAUGCCAAUCAACAAUCAAUCGUGCAUACUGCAUUUCUUAGUACAACUGUUGCAAGCCCACACCUUGUUAAAGAUGCCCUGCAAUCUGGAUUAAGACUAAUGGAAGAUAAGAGGAGCAAGGAGCGUCAUAUCAGUUUAGCCGGAACUCUCUUCGGCAAGGAUGACAAAUUAAAGCAGCCCAAUUUCAUUGUCCAUCAAGUUACCGGAAAAUUACCUCUUCAGCUGGAAAUAGUUUACGAAUCAAACAGCUUUGCUGAACGUGGAACCAUGCUACGUGGAGAAGUGUACGACGCUCUUCUUCAAAAGUACCGGGAACAGUUUCGUACCCAAUUUGAAAGCAAGUUUCGUCUUAACGAAAAAGGUUUCAGUGAAGAGGAACAAGAUUUUGCCAAGUCUGCCAUGAGCAAUCUUGUAGGAGGGAUCGGCUACUUUUAUGGAAGCUCCAAAGUUCAAUCUGUUCACAAUAAAGAACCAGUUCCAUACUGGAACGCUCCACUCUACACAGCUGUGCCAUCACGCAGUUUCUUCCCACGCGGAUUUCUCUGGGACGAAGGAUUCCACAACCUCAUUAUCAGCCAAUGGGAUCGUGAGAUUUCCUUCGACAUCAUGGCGCAUUGGUUCGAUUUGAUGAACGUUGAAGGCUGGAUCCCGCGUGAACAAAUUUUGGGUUCGGAAGCAAGAGCACGCGUACCUGAUGAAUUUGUGGUGCAGAGAAACAACCAAGGUAAUCCACCUACCUUCUUUUUAGUGCUCGAUGCUAUGUUCAAGAACCGCCCCGUGCGAGAUAUUAGCACGCUGGAACUGGAACAACUCAAUCGUUUGUGGCCCCGUCUAGUCUCCUGGUACAACUGGUUCAACACCAGUUUGCAUGGCACUGAACCAGGAUCUUACUACUGGAGAGGUCGUGAUACUGCAUCUGUCCGCGAACUGAACCCCAAAUCUCUUUCAUCUGGAUUGGAUGAUUACCCUAGAGCUUCACAUCCAACAACGUACGAACGCCAUCUUGAUUUACGUUGCUGGAUUACGCUCGCAGCGAAAGUAAUGGCGUCCAUUGCUGAUAUUAUUGGUCGAGAAGGUCGGAAAUACCAUGACACCUUCGUUUUCUUAUCGAACAACGAAUUACUGAACGCACAACACUGGUCAGAAAAAGCCAAGCGUUACGCCGACUAUGGUCUGCAUACGAGUAACGUCACGCUGCGUCGGCCCAAAAGCAUUGCUGGCCAGCCUAAGCCCGACAAAAUCCGAUGGGUUUCAGAAGAGCCUACGCCUCGUUUUGUUGACGAUACAUUUGGAUACGUCAGCCUUUUCCCUCUCAUUAUUGAAAUUCUUAAGCCGGAUUCUCCUCAACUUGGGCAACUACUUCACGACUUGCGGAAUCCUAGCCUGCUGUGGACCAAAUAUGGUCUUCGAAGCUUGUCAAAAUCUUCGCCCUUGUACAACAAGCGGAACACAGAACACGAUCCUCCUUACUGGCGUGGUCCAAUUUGGAUCAAUGUAAAUUAUCUAGUUGCUCGAGCAUUGCACCACUACUCAGUGGUAGAAGGGCCGCAUCAAACUCGAGCGUUGUUGCUCUACAAUGAGCUGCGUGAAAACCUGAUCAGCAACGUUUUACGCGAAUAUCGCAAGACUGGCUACAUUUGGGAGCAAUACAAUGACGCCAAUGGAGCCGGACAAGGCUGCAGGCCUUUUACCGGAUGGUCUACUCUUGUCUUACUACUGAUGUCAGAAACCUACGUCUAAAAAGAAAAGCAAGCGUACAUCGUCCAACGUCAGAAUUGUACAAACAUUUCCCAGAACAUCUAGAAAAGAAGCAAAAAUUAUGUCAUGAGUACAAUUUCUACAGCAAUACACUAUGUGUAUUUGAA